GAACGCCUCGAUUAGUUCCGGAUAUGCCAGGAUAUCGCCGAUGCCGUCGUGGGAUAGCUAGAAUUUUUGCAUCGUCAAUGUGAUAUCGUCUUCUUCUACACCUGAACCUCACCUUCUUGUCCAUAGUCCGACUCAAUUGACCCCUCGCGACCACCCCCCAUCUUCCCAUCGCCUCUCCCCUCUGCUCCGGUACCGAUAGCCAGAAGACCCCGCGAAAACAUUCCGCAGAGCACACCUCCGACUCUCCCCGCUCUCCCUCUCCUCCCACGGUUACCAUGCCGUCCACUCCCUCCCUCCCCAAGUCCGACGCCCUGCCGUCCAAGGAAGAGCUGAAGGAAGAUGUCGUCGUCGCGACCAAGAAUUCGUUCCAGAGCCUACGGGCCUUCGCCGCGGGCGGGGUUGGCGGUCUUUGUGCCGUGGUAGUGGGCCAUCCGUUCGAUCUGGUGAAGGUGCGCAUGCAGACGGCGGACAAGGGCGUGUAUAGCGGGGCGAUCGAUGUCGUGAGGAAGACGAUUGCAAGGGAAGGGUUGGCGAGAGGGCUCUAUGCAGGUGUUUCCGCACCUCUCGUCGGCGUAACGCCCAUGUUCGCCGUCAGCUUCUGGGGUUACGACGUCGGCAAACAACUCGUCCGCUCAUUCUCCACCGUCGAAAACAACCAAUUCUCUAUCGCCCAAAUCUCCGCCGCCGGCUUUUUCUCCGCCAUGCCCAUGACCCUUAUCACUGCCCCCUUCGAGCGCGUCAAGGUCCUCCUCCAGAUCCAAGGCCAGAAAACCCUCGCCCCCGGCGAGAAGCCUAAAUACGCCGGCGGCCUCGACGUCGUCCGCCAGCUGUACAAGGAGGGUGGCGUCCGCAGCGUGUUCCGCGGGAGCGCCAUGACCCUCGCGCGCGACGGGCCCGGCAGCGCAGCGUAUUUCGCCUCGUACGAGUAUAUCAAGCGGCGGUUGACGCCGAAGGACGCGAACGGGAAUCCCGGGGAGUUGAGCUUGACGGCGGUGUGCGCGGCGGGCGGAGCGGCCGGUGUGGCGAUGUGGAUCCCGGUGUUCCCCGUGGAUACGAUCAAGAGUCGGCUGCAGAGCGCAGAGGGACGGCCGACGAUUUCGGGGACGAUCCGAGAGCUGUAUGGGAAGGGAGGGGUGAAGGCGUUCUUCCCUGGGUUCGGGCCGGCGAUCGCGAGGGCGGUGCCGGCGAAUGCAGCGACGUUCUUAGGGGUAGAGUUGGCGCAGCAAAUGUUGACGAAGGCGUUUGGAUAGACUGGGGGGGAGGACCUUAGAUUUGAGUUUUGGAGGCCAAAGUUAUGGUCAUAUUACCGUAUCUUGUAUAGAGAGG